CUUAUCAACGAAGGCAUUCGCGAGAUGACUAGACCGGUGAAUUCCCACAAAUCCUCCCCCCUUUUCAUAUGCUUCGUAUGCCGCCUACGUCCGAAAGACCUUACUCGCCCUCAUAUCCCGCCUUCGCCGUCAACCCACAUACAAAUGUACACCGCAUUCUUUAAUAAUGACAUACCUUUUAACGAGCUCGCAAUAUACAUGUGUUUCGUACAGUUAUUACUACAUAGUAACCUCCCCGCUGCUUUGCAUCCUACAUUUAAGAAUGGUUGAAUACGACUACGGCAAGGGCGGUGAGCCGGCGAAGACAAGUGAGGCUGGCGAUUAUCAACGCCUAAAGUCCGUCCCCCUUUUCCUGCUACUAUUGCUACUACUGCUACUACUAGGGACGAUGUAUGCACCUGACCUGUCCGUGAAUAGCGCGGUUUCGCGAUUCUGCAAUAGAUGUGGGACGUAGCUUAUGUAGGGAUCGCCGAGUAUUAUGCCAUCUGAGGUCAUAUACAGUGAGGG